AUGCAAGAGAUUGGAAAAGCAAUGAUGCACUGUCCUAGUUUCAGCAGUUAUUCAUCGUCGAUCAGAUUUGUAGAAAUUGCAGCUAAAGUCAUCAAGGCAGAAGAAGAAGAGGAAUGUACUAGUCAUCCCCAUGAUAACGAACAAGAAUUCGGAUUUCAAACUUUCUCCGAUGACAAAACAAAACAAACACCAAUCAGAGAAGAAGAAAAUGAUCAUGGUAAUGACAAAGAAGACAAGCCAGAGAAAACCACAAACGGAGAAGAAAAUGACGGUGAAGACGAAGACGAUGAUUUCGAAUUCGCCUUCGUGAAUUGUAGUGAUGAUAAUGCUUCAUUACCUAUUACAGCUGAUGAAAUCUUCUGUAAUGGCAUAAUUAAACCCAUUUUCCCCAUUUUCAAUCAAGACAUCGCCAAAUUCGAAAGCGUCGAAGAAGAAGAAGUAUUACUAAAAGAAGAUAAGCACAAGGAUACAAAUGAUAAUGCUACGGCUACUACUAGUCAUAAGAUUAGAAAAGUCUCAUCGUGUCCUCGACUUCCAUUAGGAAGACUGUUUCUAAAAGAAUAUUCAUCAUCGACAUCAUCAUCAACAUCUUCAUCAUCUGAAACUGAUUUAGAUUCAGCAUCGUACUGCAUUUGGAAACCAAAAACUUUCACGACAUCUCCUGAUCAUACUUAUUGUCCAAAUAAGAAGAGUAAAUCAGUUGGAAACAGUAAUAAGCCUAGAGGUUUCAGGCUUAAAGAUUUGAUUCGUCGGAGUAAUAGUGAUAUCAGUAAGACAUACGUCUACUUAGAUAAUCAUAUUGCUCAGCCAUUGCCAACAAUGCCGAGUACCAGUAAGAAAACGCCAAAUGAGAAAUCAUUGGAAUCGAUAAUGAGGAAGAAUUCUCUUAAGGGAAGUAAAGAAGAUGCAAAACCGAUGGGUAGGAAAUUGUCGAUGAAGAAAGUAAAUAGUACUGCGGCCGGAAAUGAAACGUUGUCGGCGGCAGCAUCGUUGUUGUCGCCACAUGAAAUGCAUUACUUGAGAAAUAAAGCAGUGAAAGAUGGAGAUAAACGGCGAUCGUUUUUGCCGUAUAAACGGGAUUUGAUAGGUUUCUUUGGAUUCAAUAGGAAACUCUAUCCUUUUGCUUAA